CUAAAGCCUCCGUGUAACACUAGAUUUUCCGCUUUUCUGUACCUCUUAUACAUAGCAUAGCAAUGAAGAUAAAUCUUUCUAUCCACAACUACACUUUUCUAAGGGCUUAUUACUUUGUACUUGGUCACGGUCAAGGUCUGAAAUGGAAAUAUCUCGACGAGCAGACUAUCACUGACCUCGAAUUCACAAUUGCCGACGAGAAUACCCCUUGGUACCUUGUUCUUGUUGCCCAGAAGCACCGCUACUGCAUGAAGCCAGAGAGCGGCAGCACAAUCAUGAUUGGCGAUGGUGUUGUCGAAAGGCUGUGGGGAAAGACCUGGUGCAACAGCUAUGAUAGCUUGGAAAAAGAGUCGCUUGACAAGUUUGUAAACAAAUUUAUCCGCAAGUAUAAAGUCAGAACAGAACCCGAGUAGCUUUUCUUGUGGUUUCAUUAUAUAGAAUACACCGUGCAAUUUCAUAUUAAAGUCACCUGUCCAUUCUGAG